CACACAGUCAGUUAGCGCUGGAAAUCGGGGUGCGAAGUGUUCUGCGCUUUUUGCCUGUUCGUCGGUCAUUUUCGGUGGCGUUUAAAAAACGGUGACAAAAAACGAAGCCAACCUUUGCCAGGACCACCGUAUCGGUUGUACGUUCGUCUGUGCCUCCUUUCACUGCCAAAAGGAUUCCAUUGUUUUAACAAGCGAAGCCGGAAUUCCGAAGCGUUAUCAGUUGUGUGGUUCCAACGCCAAAGCUACCUCGCAACAGCCUCAGCACGAUGUCCGAUACGAGUAAAUCGUUUUCCAACGUGGAAACCUCCGGCUAUGUCGGGUUUGCGAACCUGCCCAACCAAGUGCACCGGAAGUCGGUGAAGAAGGGUUUCGAGUUCACGCUGAUGGUCGUCGGCGAGUCCGGUCUGGGCAAGUCGACACUGGUCAACAGUCUGUUUCUCAGUGAUCUCUAUCCCGAGCGCGUAAUACCAAAUGCGGUCGAAAAGCAAAACAUGACGGUAAAGUUGGACGCAUCGACGGUGGAGAUCGAGGAGCGGGGUGUCAAACUGCGCCUAACGGUAGUCGACACGCCCGGGUUUGGCGACGCGAUCGACAACAGCGACAGCUUCAGUGCGAUCCUCGAGUACAUCGAUGAGCAGUACGAGCGGUUUUUACGCGACGAAAGUGGCCUCAAUCGGCGCAACAUCGUCGAUAACAGGAUACACUGCUGUUUCUACUUCAUUUCACCAUUUGGGCACGGUUUGAAACCGCUCGAUAUCGAGUUCAUGAAGAAGCUGCACUGCAAGGUGAACAUCGUGCCCGUGAUCGCGAAGGCGGACGUGCUAACGAAGAAGGAAAUUCAACGCCUCAAGUGCCGCAUUCUGCAGGAGAUCGAAGAUAAUGGGAUCAAAAUCUAUCCACUGCCAGAUUGCGAUAGUGACGAGGACGAGGACUACAAGGAACAGGUACGCCAGCUGAAGGAAGCAGUUCCGUUUGCGGUGUGCGGCUCGACCACGCUGCUGGAGGUGAAGGGACGCAAGGUACGCGGCCGUCUUUAUCCGUGGGGUGUGGUGGAGGUGGAAAACCCGGACCAUUGUGAUUUCAUCAAGCUGCGUACCAUGCUGAUCACACACAUGCAAGAUCUGCAGGAGGUGACCCAGGAAGUGCACUACGAAAACUAUCGCUCGGAGCGGCUGGCGAAAUCGGUUCGCAAAAAUACCAACUCCGUGAUAAAGGAAGAGAACGGUGUGCCGGGUGAAGUGCUGUCGGAGAAAGAUCGGAUUUUGCGCGAGAAGGAGGAAGAGAUUCGCCGGAUGCAGGAGAAGCUGGCCCAAAUGCAGGCUAAAUUUCAGGCACAAAAGUAACACGCCCAUAACCGCAACGAAGGUAGCAGCACAGUGACGGUCAAAGCGAUACUGUAGUGCGGAACCGCGCAAGAAAAAAAGGGCACAAUUUUCCAUACGCUUCCGACAGAGUGCACAGACCCUCCAGCAGUAAGCACAACAGAGAGAGAUAGAGAGAUUUUUGAUAGCUCGUUCGUUAGAGCAACAUAAUAACCUCAUCUCACGAACCGAUCGUUUUGGGCGGUCGGUCGAUAAGUUGGUCUUUGUUUUCGCCAGCCGCGUCGUUGCACUUCAGGAACGAUCCUUUUUCCUCCAUAUUUCGUGUGCCAUCUUCUGCUUCAAGCCAAACAAUAUGGUGAUGGUCCGUUCCGAAGCGAGGGAACGAUCGUGAAUCUCAAAUCCGCUCAUUUUCUUUCGUGGCUCCUUGAGCCCCUUCACGGUACACACUCGGUAGGCUACAACCCCGUUACAUUGUCUGGUAGAAAACGUUAGUGCAAGCAACAUCGAAAACCCCUCAAUAUCCUCUUUAUAGUUUAGCUCCAAAAACACUAGCUUUGGCCACUGCAGAUUAAUCGAACAGGAUGCAAUGAAAAGCAAUUAUAUUUACCGGGCCAAGGUGGGGCCGCGCGGGUACUUAAGCCGGAGACGAUUAGGGAAGGGACACGUUCAGUGUUAAUCAUAAGACAAAAACCUUUGACGGGAGCUCUCUUCCGCUCACGCGAAAUCAUGUAUCCUUUUGUGCGGUGGAGAUUGCAAUAUAAUGCCUCUGCAAAAUAUAUCCAUUCCUUUUCGUUGUUUCACGCGCGUGACCUGUGACAUCCGGGUGCAAGUUCGUUGGAGUCGCCACUCCAGAGAUAAAGUGCAAAAACAAAAAUCCGAGAGCGGCCAGGAAGCCGACGUGGCGCUUCGUCGGCCGUCUCUGUUUCUCGGACAGCAAUAGCGGAAAACUGGAAGCAUGCAAAUCUAUUAUAUACAUUUCCUAAACUCGUAAGUUACAUUACAACAAAUGUACGAUGUAAAAGGGGUAUUUUAGAGUAUUACUAUAUUUUAUACGUUUCGGUUUAAACACUAAGACAAGAAAGAAUUUUCAAUAAAAGCGUAUUCUA